AUGGACCAGGACUCACAUUGCACAGCAGAAAGGAAACUUCUAGAAGCUAGAAGCAGCAUUACUACAUUUUCUACCACAACUCCAUCUGGUGAAGAACAAAAUCAACCCAAGGCUGAAAUUCUGUAUCAAGCCAGAAAAGAAAACCCAGAAAAAGAUGACCUGCAAGAUUCCAGUGCAUCCCUGAGUCCCAACUCUUCAAUGACCACUAAGGAGCUUCAGGAAUACUGGAGGAACGAAAAACGCCAGUGCAGACAAGUCAAACUCCUUUUUGAAAUCCCAUCAACCAGAAUUGUAGAGCACCACUUAUCUAAAUAUGUGAUGUAUAAAAUCAUCAUUUUGCAAACAGGAAGUUUUGACAGCAACAAGUCUGUAAUCGAACGACGUUAUUCUGAUUUUGAGAAACUGCACAGAAAUCUGCUGGAGGAGUUUAGUGAGGAAAUGGAAGAUGUGACCUUUCCCAAAAAAACUCUAACAGGGAACUUCACAGAAGAAAUAAUCAAUGAGAGAAAAUUAGCCUUCAAGGACUACCUGAGACUUCUAUAUUCUAUGAAAUAUAUCCGAAGAUCAAAACAAUUUAUUGACUUUUUAACAAGGCCAGAACUUCAGGAAGCAUAUGGUUGCCUGCGGGGUGGCCAGUACACCAAAGCUUUGGAAAUCCUUUCAGAAGUGGUUGGUCUGCAGGAAAGGCUGACAAGAGGCAGCCCUGUCUCCAUUGUCCCUACUCUCUGUGCUAUCGUGGUGUGCUACAAGGACCUGGACAAUCCAGCAAGCGCCUUUGAAUAUGGAGAAAAAGCUCUAUCACGCCUUCAUGUGCGCACCAGUCACAGGUAUUACAUUCCAUUGCUGGAAUCGAUGGUCACUUUGGCAUAUGAACUUGGGAAGGAUUUUCUGUCUUUGCAAGAAAAACUGGAAGAAUGGAAGGCAAAAAAAGAUCCUGUAAGGGUUUUUACCCUGAAAGAACUUGCAGUUCGGGAGUACGUGCAAUGAACACAAGGAGUAUUUUCAUGGAAGAUGAAAGCCGUUAGCUCCUUUUC